UCGGAUGCAGCCUAGAUUAUUCCAUCGCAUUAUGGGCGCUAUUGUGAGGUUUGACCCCUCAUUUUCUCUAAGGUGUGAUAGCUUUGGUUAAUUAUCACAAUCUCAAGAGUAGAAGCUUACUGGUGCGAUGCGCAUGCUAGCAUAUGGUUCUCCAACUGAUCAACUUGAUGAGUAUGUUUGGAUGGGUGAGAGCACCUUGAUGGUUCUUCAGCUGAUUUAAGGAUCUUACUUCAUAAAGACUCAAGUCGUGGCUUUCCUGGAAUGAUUAGAUCAAUUGACUACAUGCAUUGGGAAUGGAAGAAUCGUCCAAGUGUUUGGGCAGGACAAUACACUGGCCACAUGCGUAGCCCAACAAUCAUUCUGGAGGUGGUGGCCUCCUACAACACAUGUAUAUGGCAUGCUUUCAUUGGGUCACCUGGAUCGAACAUCGAAAUAAAUUUUUUGUGGAUGUCUCCAGUGUUUGAUUGUAUCGUCAAUGGAAGCGCUCCACAUGUAUGAUGUGAGGUAAAUAGUCAUGCUUACGAUCAAUGUUAUUAUUUGACUGACAGUAUUUAUACCCUCAUGGUCGACUCUGGUGAAGACCUUCAGCAAUCCAAGGUCAAAUAAAGAGGCUUUGUUUGCUCAACAUCAAGAAGCUCACCACAAAGACGUAGAGUGAACAUUUGGAAUCCUCCAAACAAGAUGGGUGAUGACUCGGUGUUUGCACAUGUUUUCCCCUACUGGAAUCCAAUUCCGGUAGUGGAGUUCUGUGUUCAUAGCCUCAGCUUUCUAUCCCGGUGAAGGUUAGUUGCCUGCCGGGUAGUUGGACUGAGAGGGCUUAGUCAGCUUAAGAGAUUCCAAGCUACUGUCGGAUCUUCCGUAGUUUAAUCAAUAGUAGAUCAACCAAAGGUAAUUGCAACUUGGACCUAAUUGAGGAGCUAGAGGGAAUCAUACCUAAGUGAGUUCACAACUUGUAAUUAGUAGAGUAGUCAGUAGAGUAGUUUAUAAAUCAAUCCUUAAUCUAGUUUGCUAGAUAAUGAACUGAAGCUGAGUAAUAGUAACUCUAGAGACCCGUGGAUUCGAUAUUUAUUACUUGUGUCACUAUACUGCAGUCCCUUUCAUUGGUUACACUUGGCCAUUGUUAGGUGUUGUGUUUUAGCGUGUCAAGUUUUUGGCGCCGUUGCCGGGGACUUUCUAGAUUAUUAGGAAAGGCAGAAGUUUGUUACUUUAGCGUUUUUCUUUUCUUGUCCACCCUUGCUUUUCACUUGGGUGUUUUUGUUUUUGUUGGUGCAGAUCUGAAUCAUGGAUCCUCAUGACUUCUCCAACCAUUGGGGGUAUCUACCACCGUCCGAGUGGUAUUACCCCGAGACCCCCUGGAGCAAUCAAGGAGGAGAAGACUAUGGAUUCGGGUUCCAGUACCAACCCCCUUACUACGGAGAACAAUCAGACCCCUGGGCAUAUCAAGAACAAUCUUCUUAUCAAGAAGAAUUCCUCCCACAACAAGAAGGGCCAUCAGAUCUUGAGUUAGCCACAACCUUCACGGGCCACUCUGCAGAGCCAUGCUACACUUCACUGGAAGAUCCGAACAAACAAUUAAGGCUUCUCGUGGAGCAGUUUGCUCGAGACACUGAGAGAUCAUGCUCCAAGAUGGAUCUUCAAAUCAAAGCCCUUGCCCCUUCCGAUCCCUCAUUUCUCCAUGAUAUGGAGGAGACUGUUCAGCGCUCAGCGAAGCAAACAGAGUGGGUGGAGCAAGUUUGCUCACAUCUUGCUCAAGAUCAUCUUUCUGCUACCACGCUAGAAGAGGUGGAGGAUGACAAAGGCUACGGGGAUGUUGAGGAGCAUACAGAAGUUAUCACAAAGAACUCCCAUGAUAAUCAUGAUCAGGAAAGUCCUCUGGUUGCAGAUCACACAUUUCCUUGCUCUAACAUGCUGGGCCCGAGCGAGGAGAUGCAAGAUGAUCACAUUGAAGAAAUUACAUGGCGACUUGCUCUCCAAUCUGUGCUAGAAGAUGAAGAGCAAGAAAGGGUGCAGAAAGAAGUUGUGGACGAUGACGAAAGUGAAGCAGAAGGAGUUCUUGAUCAUUUCCCAGGGGUGAUACCACAUGAAGAAGAAAGGGGGGUUGAAGAAGCAAUUGGCAUCCAGGCUGAGGACGGAGUUAAGGUGGAAGAGGCCUGCACCGACCAAGAGUUACAUGAGAUAUCUCCACCAAACUUUGAGGAACUACUUAGCAAGGACCCAUUUGCACUAUCUCUUUGCCAGACCAAGGCCACGUCGACAUCAGUCCCUCUUGGUGGACGCGAUGGUGGUCAAUCGAUGUUGUCAUAUAUGGUUUGGGGCAAUGAGACGAGAGAAGAGAAGAAGAGGUCUCGAGGAUGGAGACUUCAUCUGCAUCAAGUGCACGAGCUUCCAUCACCAGUCAUACCACAUGCUCGUGACUUGCGACUCCACCUCAUUGACGAGAACCUCAACUUCAAGGAGGUUCUAGCAUGGACCGAAACUUAGGAGCCAUCGUCUGGCUCACGACGUGAAAGAAGCGCUUGUUGGGAGGCAACCCAACCAGUCGGUUUGCAUUUCUUUCUAUAUUUCUCCUCGGUUGAGUCAGUUUUGUUAUUUGAUUUUAGAGUCAAUAACUCAACCUUUGUGAGAUUUUGUGUGGUGUUUGCGUUCUGAUUACUCUCUCUUCCUCGAAUGCAUCGCCUGACCCGUCCAUCAUCAUUCACCCUUGAUCUGGUAACUUCGUUCUACCCUCCUUAUCUUUCCUCCAUUGAGGACAAUGUCGUGCUUAAGUGUGGGGGGAUGUUCGAUUAUGUAUGCGGGUGAAUGUUUGGUUGUUUGUGUGCUUGGAGCCUAGUCCACUGUCCAAAUUUUUAAAUUUGAGGGCUCCAAGUACGUGUUUCCUUGCAAAUUGCCUGCUCAGUAUGCUUUGAAUUGACAGUCUCUAUAGUAAUGUGCAACCUAUGGAGGUAGUGUAGCACUAUGGAGGAUGUUGAAGUAUAAGAUUUUUCCUAUCUAGCUCUCUGCUGUGUCAGUUGAUUUUGUGAAUUAGUGGAGCUAAGACCUUUGAAUUCAUGUGGUAAUGUGGACUAUGUUUGAAUUGUGUUAUGGACCCGUGUAUUGAACAGGGUGCUCAUGUGGCAAAUGAAAAGCAGUUGGUCCUCCAUGUCGAAAUCAUCAAAAAUCUUAAACAUGGGGUAAGCCCAACAUGUGUGGCACCGUUCAUUGCACAAAAUCGGGUUUUGGAGGAGAUUUUAGUGAUCCUUAGUAGGGUACUCCUACAAGGUGAAGCUAAGUUGUCUCCAGUACAAGUAAAACUUCCACCCGUUGAACGGUUUGCCUACUCGAGGAUGUGUUUUUAAGGGCACAGAUAGAGCUUCCGACCCCCCUUAAUUUCAUUGACCCUCCACACGAGUUGAGGAAAAGGAGUUAAAAGAAGUACUCUGGCGAGCGCUAGAUGUACAAAAAUUGCUCUUGCUCGACUAAUAAGGGUCGACCGUGCAAAAGACUGCAGUUGGAACCCCCGCCAAGUGAAUGAAGAAAAAAAGAGAAAAAGAAAUGUAAAUGAAAGUGCAAAAAGGGGUUCCAACGGUGAAAUGAAGUGAAAGAGCACCCCGGUACAACGAGUCCUUGGUUGUGAAUGGUGUGAGUCCUUUUGUCCAUGAACUGACUGUCUUACUUCUACUUCUUCUCAUGUUCCUGGCUUGAGUCUAGUACUCGCAUUGAGAGAGAUAGGGGACGUCUUAGAAGACCAGUUGACCUCGUAAGCUGCUAUAUGAUCUAGGAAAUCCUCUACCGAUGAUCGGGGUUGUUUGUUGCUAUAGAGGUCUGGAGAGCUGCAUUGGUUUGAGUUAGGUAUGCUUGGGGACAAGCAAACAGUUAAGUGUGGGGGGAUUUGAUGACUCGGUGUUUGCACAUGUUUUCCCCUUUGUUUCUUGAUCGUUUGAGCUUUAAUUAUCGCAUCUUUGGCCUAUUUUACGCUAGGUUGUGUUCCUUUGUCAUGUUUCAGGUCCUAGCACAUAAAGUGAAGCAUAGGCG